UCUCCCACUUUUUCUAUCAUCUGUUUCACGCAAGCUCAUUUGAGCAAGUAGCUUAAUUAGCUCAACUAGUUCAAAGCUUUAAUUAGAUUAUCCAAGAGAAACUACCUAGCUAGCUAGCUAGCACGCACUGCCAUGGGGAGAACACCUUGUUGUGAGAAGAAUGGCCUCAAGAAAGGACCCUGGACACCAGAAGAAGACCAGAAACUUAUUGAUUACAUUCAGAAACAUGGGUAUGGCACAUGGAGAACACUCCCAAAAAAUGCUGGAUUGCAAAGGUGUGGAAAGAGUUGCCGUCUUCGUUGGACAAACUAUCUCCGACCAGAUAUAAAGCGAGGUCGAUUCUCAUUUGAAGAGGAGGAGACGAUAAUUCAGCUACAUAGCAUUCUUGGUAACAAGUGGUCUGCAAUUGCUUCUCGUCUACCAGGAAGGACAGACAAUGAAAUCAAGAAUUAUUGGAACACCCACAUUAGAAAAAGGCUUAUAAGGAUGGGAAUUGAUCCUGUGACACAUAGCCCACGGCUUGAUCUUUUGGACCUCUCUUCAAUUCUAAGUUCAUCUCUUUAUGGCUCAUCACAAAUGAACAACAUCCAAAGGCUGCUUGGUACACAGUCAAUGGUGAACCCUGAGCUUCUGAAGUUAGCUUCAUCACUCUUCUCCACUCAGCAACAUGAGAACCUCAACAUCUGUGAUCAAAAUGGUACCCAAGAGAACCAGCUCUGUAAUCCUCAAAUUCAGAACCAAAUCCCACACUACGUACAAAUUCAGGACUCGGUUCUAGAAGCUUCUGGAGCAGCUUGCAGCACAUUGACCACCCCUUGUGUUUCUUUGUCUACCACUCAAGCCGAAAUGGUUGAAUCAAAUGUGAACACAUACCCAUCAAUUUUCACCGACUUUGGCUCCCAACAACAUUCUCAGCCAAGUGAUUGGCAUUGCAAUGGAAAUUCUUCAAGCACUGUGAAAGACUAUUAUGUCCCUCAAUUUCCGAACUAUAAUUAUUAUAGUUAUGAUCAUCAUGCAAAUCUUAUGGACACUCCAUUGUCCGAAAACUCCACUUUACUUUCCAAUAAUAGCAACCAGAACUUAAACUUCGGUUCAGUUCUAUCGACGCCUUCGUCAGGCCCCACACCGUUGAAUUCGAACUCAACUUAUAUCAGCACCGAGGAUGAAACUGAAAGCUAUGUCAGCAGCAACAUAUUGAAAUUUGAAAUCCCUGAUAUUUUAGGUGUAAAUGAGUUCAUGUAAUGUGAUCAAAACAAAAUUGAGUCAACCAAAAGGUUGAUCAUUUCCUCGUAUCCAUGGUGUUG